AUGGUAAAUGAAAUUAAGAAAACUGAGGAUAAUGUCAUCAGUACAUUAGGUGACAUUAAACACACAGUUUCAGAUUUUACGGACAUGUUUGCAGAUAUGAGAGAAAACAUGACGGACGUAAUGUUAAAGAGCGGCGAUGAAAUAAAAACGAGAGAAGGAAAACUUGAACAACAUCCGAUCGCUUUCUAUGCACAUCACUUGAAAGACCUGGUUCUUGAUACUGCAAAUGAGAUUCUUAUAUUUGAAAAGACAAUCACUAACGAGGGAACAGGUUACGGCACGUCCACGGGCUUGUUCACAGCACCUGUUGGAGGACUGUACCAGUUUUCUGUUCAUAUAUGUGCUCUUCAAAAUAAAUAUUCAUAUCUGGGUCUUGUGAUGGAAGGUAACGUUAUAGCAGCAGAUGCUAACUAUGGUGAUGCUAAUCAUGGCU